AGCCGUUCGGCAUUAUUAAAGUUUUCCAAUUGACAAUUUUCGAGUAUGACUGUCUCUUACACCGCCGAGGUGGCAACAUGCAGCCAUUUCGGCUGCUUCUGGAAGCUCUUGAUGAGGUGGCGCGCGAGUAUCUACAAGAUAAUAUGGGUGGAUCUGCUGGCAUUCCUGUGCUGCUUCUACUUCACGGCCGUAAUAUAUCGCUAUGCACUCAGGGACGUGGACAAGCCAAUUUUCGAGGACAUUGUGAUGUACUGCCACAGCUACAGCAACCUGAUUCCGCUCUCCUUCGUGCUGGGCUUCUAUGUGGGCAUUAUUAUAGAGCGCUGGUGGAAUCAGUACAUCACGGUUCCUUGGCCAGAUCCCCUGGCGGUUUAUGUGAGCGCCUUGGUGCGCGGACAAGAUGAACAUGGUCGUCUGAUGAGACGCACGAUUAUGAGAUACGUGUGCCUGGCGCUGACCAUGGUGCUUUCCAUGAUAUCGCCAGUUAUCAAGCGUCGUUUUCCGACCUACGACCAGCUGAUUGAAGUGGGCCUGCUGAAUGCCAACGAGGCAAACAUAAUGAAGGCAAUGGAUGUCAAGUUUCCAAAGCACCCCAAGUACUGGAUGCCCCUCGUUUGGGCCGCCAGUAUUGUAACAAGGGCUCGGAAGGAAGGUAGAAUAUGGGAUGACUUCUCACUGAAGUCCAUGAUCGAUGAGCUCAAUAAAUUCCGGGCUGGCUGCAACAUGCUCAUCCAUUACGAUACAAUCUCAGUGCCACUAGUGUAUACACAGGUCGUGACGCUGGCCGUCUACUCGUACUUCGUGGCCGCAAUAUUUGGCCACCAGUGGAUCGACCGGGAUAUUAAGCACUACAAUAACAUCGUCAGUUACUACUUUCCGUUGUUCAGCACCCUGGAGUUUUUCUUCUUUAUGGGUUGGCUGAAGGUGGCCGAGACCUUGAUUUGUCCUUUCGGCGAUGACGACGACGACUUCGAGCUGAACUGGCUGAUCGAUCGGAACUUGCAAGUCAGUUACUUGAUAGUUGAUGAGAUGCACAACGACCACCCGCAGUUGGUGCGGGAUCAGUACUGGGACGAGGUGUUUCCCGCCGAGUUGCCAUAUGCGGUGGAGUCUGAAAGGGCCGAACAUCCGGAAGCCUCUACAGCCCGACUGGGCAUCCCGAAAGUCCACCGCGUGACCUCGACGAAAAGCGAAGUGAGUUUGGAAAACGACUUCACCGACUUCGACGACGAAGAUGAAUACAAUCCGGAAGUUACUAUCCGCUUUGCACGCCGCGAGUUCACUUGGAGCAGAAGUUCGGUGUCGGUAUCGUAUUCCUUGGACAACCAGAGUAGGGAUACCCUUGACUUAAACAUGGGAGAAGAAAUGGAUGUCGAGGUGGAUACAAAGACUCUAAAUUCCAGCAGCAAGGACGACUUUGAGCGGCUGAAGGAGAAGCGGGAACGGGAGCGAGUCAACCGGCAGAUUCAACAAACCGCCCUCGCCAUGGAGCUGAUUAAGGGGGAGCUCGGUUCGAAUGGAGCAGAUUCAGCGGAAUCUAGUCGGACUAAUGUCCCGCAGCGGAGUUCUCAGGUCCAGACCGAUAGAAGCUACAUCAGUCAAAGAAAACGGGACGAGCACAUGGACGAUAAUAAGAGCAGUGACGACACUGAGAAAUAACGAA